CAGGGGGGCCCUGAGCUCUGUCCUUCACAUUUCAACCUGCCCGGCGUUUGAGCAUCAAGCAUGGGGAGAGGGUGUGGUGCUGAGACUGGAGGGAAGAGGAAGAAGAAGGACAGGGAUUUGGAUGAGCUGAAGAAGGAGGUGGCCUUGGAUGACCACAAGAUAUCUCUGGAUGAGCUCGGCAGACGCUAUGGAGUAGACCUUGCUCGGGGUCUGACAAGUGCCAGAGCUGUGGAGAUACUGGCCAGGGAUGGUCCCAAUGCACUGACCCCACCCCCAACCACCCCGGAGUGGGUCAAGUUCUGCCGUCAGCUGUUUGGUGGCUUCUCCAUCCUGCUCUGGAUAGGAGCCAUCCUCUGCUUCCUGGCCUACAGCAUCCAGGUGGCCACCGAGGACGAGCCAGCAAAUGACAAUUUGUACCUGGGUGUGGUGCUGUCGGCGGUGGUGAUCAUCACUGGGUGUUUCUCAUAUUACCAAGAGGCCAAGAGUUCCCGUAUUAUGGACUCCUUCAAAAACAUGGUUCCACAGCAAGCAUUGGUGAUCCGAGAGGGAGAGAAGAUGCAGAUCAAUGCUGAGUUUGUGGUGCAGGGAGAUCUGGUAGAGAUCAAAGGGGGAGACCGCAUCCCAGCUGACCUACGGGUGAUCUCUUCCAGUGGCUGUAAGGUGGACAAUUCUUCUCUGACGGGGGAGUCAGAGCCCCAAACCCGCUCACCGGAGUUCACCCAUGAGAAUCCCCUGGAGACCAGAAACAUCUGCUUCUUUUCCACCAACUGUGUUGAGGGUACGGCUCAUGGCAUCGUCAUAGCAACGGGGGACAACACGGUGAUGGGUCGCAUUGCCACCUUGGCCUCUGGGCUGGAGGUGGGCCAGACGCCCAUCAAUAUGGAGAUUGAGCACUUCAUCCAUAUCAUCACUGGCGUGGCCGUUUUUCUGGGCGUGUCCUUCUUCAUCCUGUCACUAAUCCUCGGCUACACCUGGCUGGAGGCUGUCAUCUUCCUCAUCGGUAUCAUUGUAGCCAAUGUGCCAGAGGGGCUGCUAGCUACCGUCACUGUGUGUCUGACCCUGACUGCCAAGCGGAUGGCGAAGAAGAACUGCUUGGUGAAGAACCUGGAGGCUGUGGAGACCCUGGGCUCCACCUCCACCAUCUGCUCUGACAAGACUGGCACCCUGACCCAGAACCGCAUGACAGUGGCCCACAUGUGGUUUGACAACCAGAUCCAUGAGGCGGACACCACUGAGGAUCAGUCUGGUUCUGGUUUUGAUAAGAGUUCUGCUACUUGGGCUGCUCUGUCUCGCGUGGCAGGACUAUGCAACAGAGCUGAGUUCAAAGCUGGCCAGGAUCACCUUCCUAUCCUCACGAGGGACACAGCAGGGGACGCAUCAGAAUCGGCGCUGCUGAAAUGCAUCGAGCUGUGCUGCGGGAGUGUGCGUGAUCUGAGAGACAGUAACCCCAAAGUAGCAGAGAUCCCCUUCAACUCCACCAAUAAAUACCAGCUCUCUAUCCACAUGAUGGAAGACAAUCCCUACAGUCAUAUUCUUGUCAUGAAGGGAGCUCCUGAGAGAAUCCUGGACCGGUGCAGUUCCAUCAUGAUCCAUGGUCAAGAGGUUCCCCUGGAUGACAACUGGAAAGACGCCUUUCAGAACGCCUACAUGGAGCUGGGAGGACUGGGAGAGAGAGUGCUCGGCUUCUGCCACUUGAACCUUUCCUCCUCCCAGUUCCCCCGAGGCUUCACUUUCGACUGCGACGAAGUCAACUUUCCCAUUGAACAACUCUGCUUCCUAGGCCUCAUCUCCAUGAUUGAUCCGCCGCGCGCUGCCGUGCCCGAUGCAGUGGGCAAAUGCCGCUCUGCCGGAAUCAAGGUGAUCAUGGUGACUGGAGACCACCCAAUCACAGCCAAGGCCAUUGCUAAGGGUGUAGGCAUCAUCUCUGAGGGUAACGAGACUGUAGAGGACAUUGCUGAGAGACUCAACAUCCCCCUGAGCCAAGUAAACCCCAGGGAUGCCAAGGCCUGUGUGGUGCACGGGUCGGACCUGAAGGAUAUGAGUUCGGAGUACCUGGACGACCUGCUGAGGAACCACACUGAGAUUGUGUUUGCACGUACUUCACCUCAACAGAAACUUAUCAUAGUGGAGGGCUGCCAGAGACAGGGGGCAAUCGUGGCAGUGACAGGGGAUGGUGUGAAUGACUCGCCCGCCCUGAAGAAAGCCGACAUCGGGGUUGCCAUGGGAAUCUCUGGCUCCGACGUCUCAAAGCAGGCAGCUGACAUGAUCCUGCUGGACGACAACUUUGCCUCCAUUGUCACCGGAGUGGAGGAGGGUCGUCUGAUCUUCGACAACCUGAAGAAGUCCAUCGCCUACACCCUGACCAGCAACAUCCCAGAGAUCACUCCUUUCCUCCUUUUCAUCAUUGCCAGCGUUCCCCUCCCUCUGGGAACUGUUACCAUCCUGUGUAUCGACCUGGGCACCGACAUGGUUCCAGCCAUCUCUUUGGCUUAUGAGACAGCAGAGAGCGACAUCAUGAAGCGCCAGCCCAGGAACCCUAAGACAGACAAGUUGGUUAAUGAGCGGCUCAUCAGCAUGGCCUAUGGACAGAUAGGGAUGCUCCAGGCCCUGGGUGGCUUCUUCACCUACUUUGUGAUCUUGGCAGAAAAUGGCUUCCUCCCAGGGCACCUGUUGGGCAUCCGCAUCAUGUGGGAUGACCGCAAUGUCAAUGACGUGGAGGACAGCUAUGGACAGCAAUGGACGUAUGAGCAGAGGAAAAUCAUCGAGUUCACCUGCCACACGUCUUUCUUUGUCAGCAUCGUUGUGGUGCAGUGGGCCGACCUCGUCAUCUGCAAAACCAGGAGGAACUCUGUCUUCCAGCAGGGCAUGAAGAACAGGAUCCUGAUCUUCGGACUGUUUGCUGAGACUGCCUUGGCUGCUUUCCUGUCCUAUUGCCCUGGCAUGGACAUUGCCUUGCGCAUGUACCCUCUCAAGAUUCUGUGGUGGUUCUGUGCCUUCCCUUACAGUCUUCUCAUCUUCAUUUAUGAUGAAAUCCGUAAACUCAUCCUGAGAAGAAACCCUGGAGGUUGGGUGGAAGAGGAGACAUAUUAUUAACAUUCAGAAAAUGUCAGUUUGUAUUGUGUUUGUGAGUGCGCAUGUUUGUCUCAGUGUGCUUGUGAGCGUGAACAUGUAAUGUGUGUCUGUAUGUCAGUUGUAAUAUUGCAUGGAUCAAUUCACAAAUCUGAUUAUCGUAAAAUAUACUGCUGAGAAUAAGUUUGUGCUGAAUUUUUUUCCCAGAAAACAUUCGCUGCAAUAGAAUGGCUUUUUACACUUGUGUGCCUCAAAGAAAAUGUUAAACAAGUGAUCUAGCAUCACCUAUUAUGCAAUAAAUAAAUGUACCGUGGUGUUUGCCAAUUGAAUUAUACUGAAUAAAAUGUACUCCGAAAUAUAA